AUUUGUCAGAUAUUGAGAAACGAGAAGGGGAUUCCCAAAAGCCAACUUCCCUUCUUCUUCUUCUUCUCUCGAGCUUACACAGUUCUCCACGGCAAAGAAAUUCGCGACUUUUACGCCUUGGGUUCCGCGAGUUUACACUGACAAGCCUCUUCGGCAGAUUUCCCAAGCUUUCGAAAGCUGACUGGAAACAAACUAGAGCUAGAAACCAUGGAUUCCCUGUCGUCGGUCUCGCCGUCUAUAGUUCUUCCUCAGAGCAACCCUUUGCCCACGCAUAGGCAUCGUCCUCAAGUCGUUGUCUUUUCCUUCGCCACGAAUAGUCGUCUUCCUCGCUUGUCGUCUUUCUUUAGCGUGCCUUCUGGUAAGGGGAGAUUGAAUCGGGUUGUUGAUUGUAAAUGCAAAUUGAACGGUAGAGAUGCCGGAAAAGGAGAGGAUGAUGAUGAUGAUGAUUUUGAUGAUGAGAAAGAGGAGGUUGAAAGGGCUCUCCAUUUGGACGGUACGAUUCCGAGUACUUCUGAGGAGUUUCUGAAACGGGUUUCAUCUCGGGCGUAUGAUAUGAGGAGGCAUUUGCAGCAAACUUUUGAUAGUAGCAGCUAUGAUGUGUUGGAGGCAAAUCCGUGGAGAGAUCCUUCGAAACCUGUAUAUGUACUAACUCACAAGGAAAAUCAGUUGUGCACAAUGAAAACUCGAAGAAACCGCAGUGAAGUUGAAAGGGAGCUUCGAUUGUUGUUUUCGAAAGGAGCAAAUUGGUGUUCUGGAAUUGGAAGCAAAAGUAAACAGCCUAGAUCUGGGACCAAGUUUCAGAUGCUGGUGGAGGAUGUUAGAGAAGGAGUGCUUGUAUUUGAAGAUGAGAAUGAAGCUACAAAGUAUUGUGACUUAAUGCAGGGAGGCGGCCAAGGAUGUGAAGGUGUUGCAGAGAUUGAAGCUUCAUCAGUAUUUGAUCUUUGCCAUAAGAUGAGGGCUCUGGCUGUUCUCUUCCGCAGGGGCAGAACACCUCCGCUUCCCCAAAGUCUUGAGCUCAACCUUAAAGCGCGGAAACGGUCCCUGGAAGACCAAGAGGACUUGAUAUAAAAGUCAAUAAUAAAUGUAUGAGCAACUGCACUAUCAAAGUCAAAAUAUCAGAACCGUAUAGGCCCUAUACUGUAGCGUAAAUUCAUUUGUCACAGAAACCUUGUAACUUGAAAUAUAGUGUAAGUUGACUUUACAUAUUCUUACCUUUUUCCAUA